CUCGCCUUCCAAAAUACUCGCGCUUUGUGUGUGUUCAACAUGUCGGCGCCCGUGGAAGUGGUCGUGUCUGCGGAUUCAUCGGGACAGCUGUGGAACUGCGCAGUUUUCGACCCUCAUUCCGGGACAAAUCUCCUGUCCUACCGUGGGGGUAACACCUCAUCUAGGUCUUUAACAGUCUUAAAUGGGGAAUACAUUUUAGGAGCUCAACUCGGCAAGAACUUCAUAAACGUGUGGGAAAUCCAGAGAAAGGACCAGUUACAGCAGAAGAUCGUUUGUCCUGGGGUUGUUACCUGUCUGUGUGCAUCCCCUAAUGGUCUCUAUGUCUUAGCAGGCAUUGCUGAUGCUAUUUAUCUGUGGGAGGUGUCAACAGGCAAUCUGUUGGCCAUUUUGAGUCGUCACUAUCAGGAUCUGACCUGCAUCUGUUUCAGUGACGACAGCAGCCAUUUUGUUUCGGGUGGGAAAGAUAACCUGGCACUCAUAUGGAAUCUCUCCAGUGUUGUUCAGCUGGAUUCGCCCCGGACGCCAGAACCACGUCACAUCCUGAAGCUCCACUCCCUCCCCAUCACAGACAUACACUGUGGCCUAAUGGGACCACAAGCCCGUGUUGCCACUGCAUCUUUAGAUCAAACCGUAAAGGUCUGGGAAAUUUCCUCUGGGCAGAUGCUCCUGUCGGUUCUUUUCGAUGUUGGUAUCGUGUCUGUGACCUUUGACCCCUGCGAGUACUUCCUGUUUUGUGGAGGGAGCGACGGCAAUAUUUUUCAGGUGUCUCUCUGCAGCACGAGUUUAAGCCGGGAGAAAACCUUCCAGUCGGACAACGAUGGCAAUCAGGUGUUCAAAGGACACAGAAAUCUGGUUACAUGUCUGUCUGUAUCUAUGGAUGGCACGCUCCUUCUGUCCGGCUCUAAUGACGAGACUGUCAGGAUGUGGGACGUUCAAAGCAAGCAGUGCAUUCGGUCCAUCAACCACAAAGGUCCUGUUACCAAUGCUUUCAUCAUACCAGCACCUGCCAACAUGUUUCUGCCUGACAGUCGUCCAGCCAUCCCAUUGCCACAGUUCAGUCGCCACCUAAACCCGUCAGAGCAGGGAGACGGUACAGGCGUUGAAGGCGUGUGUCUGAGACCGGGAGCUAACACACAGGACCUGGAGGGAACGUAUAUGGAGAAAGCAGACGAGCUCUACUCUCUGAUGUGUGCUAUCACAGACAAGAGCGUGUUUGGUGAUGGAGAGAACACAAAGGUACGAGUGUCUGAACUGGAGGAGGAAGUGAGAACUUUGAAGAAGAUCAAUAAAGACCUGUAUGAGUUCUCCACUCAGCUUCUGACCAAACCCAACUAGAUGAGCUUUCAUCUCCAUCAAAGAACUGUCAAGAUAACUCAAAAAUACUGGACUAAACCACCACCAACCUCAGGUCAUUCCUGAGCAGUUGAAGUGACCACAGGUCAUGAUUUUACGCUGGUUUAGUACGUGAUGUUUACUUUUGUAGUCUUGAAUAUAAAAUGUUUCACUUGUUGUUCUUCUCUUAUGUUAUAAAAGAUUGACGCACAAUCGAUUAAAAAGUAUCUGUAAAAAAAUAA